AGGGCAUAACUGACCUGACCCAAGGGGGAAACACACGACAGCGGUUUCCGUCUGAAAUCUCCCCCAAAGCUUGUUGGUAGGAGAAAGAAGAAGGAAGGAUGACAUCGGAUGAUGCUAAAGCAGUGAAGAAAGAGGAGGCUGACGACGAUAACAAGAGCUUGGGUUCAUUGGUUAAGAAGAAGCCCACAAACGCCAACAAUGCUGGUUCGUCAGCUUCGAGGAAAUUGAAGAAGGACGAAGACGAUGAUGACAAACCCAUCAAGUCAUCUUUAUCUGGGUCUCGCCCAAAGCCAGUGAAGAAGAAGGAGAUUGCUGAAGAAGACGACGAUGACAAGCCUCUUUCCAAGAGGAAUUCAUCUGCUGGCGUCGUCUCAAAGGAGAAAGAGUUGAAGAAAAAGAAGAUGGAGAAAGAGAAAGAGAAAGAAGAAGAAGAGGCAAAGAAGAAGAAAAAAGAAGAAGGAGAUGUGAAGAAGAAGAAGGAGAAGAAAGUUUAUGAUUUGCCUGGUCAGAAGAGAGACCAACCUGAGGAGAGAGAUCCACUUAGGAUUUUCUAUGAGUCACUUCACAAGCAAGUUCCAACUAGCGAAAUGGCUAAGAUUUGGAUGAUGGAGUCAGGGUUGCUUCCAGCUGCAGAGGCAAAGAAAGUUCUUGAGAAGAAGUUGCAAAAGACUGGAAAGCUCAGCUCUCCUACAAAAUCUGCACCUUCCACCCCAAGAAGUGCCCCAAGAACCGGCUCCAAAUCACUAGUGGCCGAGAAGAAGGAAGUUAAAAAACCGUCGUCUGAAGCUUUGUCAGGCAAAAAGAAAGGAAAUGAUUCGAAACCAACCACGAAGAAGCGGAAGAAGGAUUCUGAUGAUGAUGAUGAUGAUUUCAUUGUUAGCAGUCUCUCUAAUAAGAAGGCAAGAGCCAAGUAGAGUUGGAAUUUUAAAAAUACUCAGAAAUCUCGUCCUGUGAUUUGAAACUCUAUCUAAUUGUGUUUUAGGACUUAAGUUGUCUCUGAGUCGAAUUCGAUAAAAGUAAUGGCAGAGUUUGUUUCUAAUCCC